AUGGAAAUCUUGAUUUCAAAUUGGUCAAAUGUUGAAUUUGUACCUAAAAAAUAUAUUUUUCCACUAGAAAGAAGACCAGGAAAAAUUGAAUUUCCUGUUUGCCAUGAUAUACCACUCAUAGAUUUGGCUAAUAAUCAUCCAACUGAUACAAUUCAACAAGUUAUUAAAGCAUGUCAAAAAUUUGGAAUAUUUCAGGUGAUAAACCAUGGAGUAUGUGAAAAUCUAAUGGAUGAUACAAUGAAUAUAUACAAGGAGUUCUUCAAAUUACCUGGUGAAUACAAAGCAAAAUUUUACUCAAAUGAUAUGAACAAAAGCUGCAGGUUAUGUUCAAGCACAUUAGCAUAUGAUACUGAAGAAUUUCACUAUUGGAGAGAUAAUUUUACUCAUCAUUGCUAUCCUUUAGAGGAAUACAUUAUGACUUGGCCAAAUAAGCCCACAAAGUAUAGAGAAGUGGUAAGUGAGUAUUCAAUAGAAACAAGGAAGCUACUUUACAAGAUUUUGGAUAUGAUAUGCAAAGGAUUAGGACUAGAGAAAGGUUAUUUUGAAGGUGAAGUAAGUAAAACAAAUGUGAUUUCUGUGAAUCAUCAUAUUCCAUGUCCAAAUCCAAGUUUGACACUAGGAAUGCCAGUACAUUCUGAUCCAAAUCUCAUAACAUUGCUUCAACAAUGUGAUGUUCCUGGACUUCAAAUACUUAAGGAUGGCAAAUGGAUUGGUGUUCAACCUAUUCCUCAUGCUAUAGUUGUUAUUCCUGGUCUACAAUUGAAGGUAAUAAGCAAUGACAGGUUCAUAACUCCGGUUCAUCGUGUGGUGACACACGCAAAAGAGGUUCGAACCACAAUUGGUGUAUUUCUCGGUCCGUCACCCAAGUCUUUAAUAAAACCAGCCACUCUUUUGAUUCGCACUGAACCGGAGUUUAGAGCCUUUACUUAUCCAGAGUUCCUUAAAACAUUUACUGCUGGGGCUAAAUGUGAUGCCCAAUUUGCCCUCAAUCAUUUUAGAAACAAAGCUUAGCUUUUAAUUAUGUGAAGGGAAAAAAAAGAUGGUUGUAAAAAAUAUGUGGUGGGUGGUAUAUAUAUGGUCACAUAAUUGGAGAAAUUUGU